AUUGCAGCUAAAGCGCAUCUGAGAGCAGUUGCUUAAUUUUCGCCCGCAAGAGGAGAUUUUGCAAACAUUUUGAAACGCUAAAAGAUAACUGUCUGUUGACAGGGCUAUGGCUGACUACUCAUUACAGGCCUCAGGUUGAGUUUUAACCCAGGAAGAGAGAAGAAUAAAGAGAGGAGGGCGGAGGAAGGAAGGAAGAAGAGUGUCAGAAUACAAACAGUGAAAGGGAAAAGAAGGGGCCAGACCGGUGACCCAGAAACAGAGAGGAGGAGGGGAAAAACGGCAGCAGAAACAUACUGGACAUUACUCUGUGUGGACUAAGAUGGAGGUCUACACUGUAACUGUGGCAACUGGUACAUCAGAAUAUUCCGGCACCAACAACUACAUCUAUGUGACUCUGGUGGGGGAGAAGGGGGAGAGUGAGCGCACCCUGCUGGACAACCCCGGCCUGGAUUUCUGCAGAGGAGCAGUGGAUGAAUACAAGGUGUGCAGCCCCUCCCGCCUGGGCUCGGUGCUGCUGGUUCGACUGGAGAAGCAGAGGUACUGGGUGGAGGACAACUGGUUCUGCCGCUAUGUGACCGUCAAGCCUCCAGACGAAGACAGAGUGCUGACCUUCCCGUGUUACCGCUGGCUUAUAGGAGACAUCAAGGUGGAGCUGAGGGAGGGGACAGCUAAGAGAUGGAAGGAUGACUCCUUACCUCAACUGCUGACACACAGAAAGACAGAACUGCAGGAGAGACAGAAAAUAUACAGAUGGGUAGCAUGGGCUCCAGGUAUACCUAAAUGCAUUGACGCCAGUACAGAAGCAGACUUGCAUCAAGACGUUCGCUUUGACAAUGAGAAGAGGAGUGACUUUGAGGGAUCCUUACACUAUGCAUUGCUGGAGUUGUCUUUGAAGAAGCUGGCCAUCACCUUUGGAAAGUCCUGGAAUGAUCUGGAGGAUUUCAGACGGAUUUUCUGGAAGCUGCGAAGCCCCAUAGCUGAGUAUUGUAUGGAGCACUGGAAGGAGGACUGGUUCUUUGGCUACCAGUGUCUGAAUGGCUCCAACCCCAGGAUGAUCCAAAGGUGCAAGCAGCUGCCGGAGAACUUCCCGGUCACAGCAGACAUGGUGCAGGGCUCUCUGUACCCCAGGACCAACCUGGACAAGGAACUCAAGGCUGGUAAUAUCUACCUGGUGGACUACGCCAUCAUGGAGGAGAUUCCUGUCAAUGUGAUCAGAGGUAAACCUCAGCACAUCGCAGCUCCCCUCUGCCUUCUGUACCAACACCCAGAUCAAGGACUCAUACCUAUCGCGAUACAGCUGGGGCAGGUUCCAGGCCUGGACACGCCCAUCUUCCUGCCCAAAGACCCGCCCCUGGCUUGGCUGUUAGCGAAGAUCUGGGUCCGUCACUCUGAGUUCCAGAUCUUCCAGGUGCUGUCUCACCUGCUUAGGACUCACCUGGUGGUGGAGGUCUUCUGUGUGGCCACACUAAGACAACUACCUGCUGUACACCCCGUAUUCAAGCUCCUGGCCCCUCAUCUGCGCUACACUCUGGAGAUCAACUGCAGGGGACGCACUCAACUCAUCUCUGCUGAUGGCAUCUUCAAACGGGUGGUGUCUACAGGUGGUGAUGGUCUGCUGAUCCUGGCCCAGAGGGAGUACAAGGUGCUGACCUACCGCUCCCUCCAGCCCUGCCUUGACUUCCAUGACAGAGGAGUUUCCCAGCUCCGAGAUUAUUUCUACAGGGAACACAGUUUGAUGCUCUGGGAGGCCAUACACGGUUUUGUCUCAGGUAUGAUCAGGUUGUUCUACCAGUCAGACAGCGAGGUUCUGCAGGACCCGGAGCUUCAGGCCUGGAUAAAAGAUAUAGCAGAGGAAGGCUUCACGGAGCUGCCUAGUUUUGGUCUGUCCAGCGAGCUCCGCACCAGAGAUGAACUUUCUACCCUGCUGGCAGUCGCCAUUUUCAUCAGCACUGCCCAGCAUGCUGCUACUAACAAUGGACAGUUUGACUGGUGUGCCUGGGUUCCCAAUACCCCCUGCACAAUGAGACACCCCCCACCCACAGAUAAGGAUGCCAUUACCAUGGGGAUGAUCAUGGACACCCUUCCUGAUGUCAGCCAAUCCUGUGUGGAAAUGGCCAUCACCUGGCAUCUGGGGCGACCACAGCCAGAUGCAGUUCCUUUGGGCCAGUACACAGAGCAGUACUUCACAGAGGAUCAGGCCCUGGAGCUGAUUGACACGUUCAGAAAGGAGCUGAAGAAGAUUGAGGAGCACAUCCUGAGUCAAAAUGAAGGAGCUGAGCUUCCAUACCUUUACCUCCUGCCCAGCCGCAUAGAAAACAGCAUUACCAUCUAG